CUAACGGCAAAAAUCCAGGCGUGGGAAUAAAACGGGGGAAGGGGAAACCGGUCUGAGGAGAGAGAGAGAGAGGGAUAGAGAAGAAGAAGAAAUAAUGGCGAGAAGGACCCGCCAUGGCCAAGAGCUUCAAGUUUAAAGCAUAAGCAUAUGUAACUCCAUGGUCCACUCUUCACCCUCUUUCAAUCUUCUUCCUCUUCUUUGAACUCUCAAUUUACCCAAAUUAAUUAUCUGGCCGGCUUCUCUUUCUCUCUCUAUUGCUCUUGCUUUUCAAAAAGCGAACCAGCUACUUUUUGCAAUUUCUCUCUUCUUCUCUCUCUCUAGCUUGAUUGAUAUUACGUUUUUCUGGCUUUGUUUUGGUGAUCGAGUCGAAGAGCUUCUUCCGUAUCUGAUCCGAGAAUCAGAGGCCCGAAGAUCCCUACACCUACUUGUUUGAUUUCUCGACGGAGUGUUUUUAGUCUUCUAGUAACCGGCCUAGAAAAUGACAAGGAUUAGCCGUACUUAUAGUGACUCAAUGCAAAGAGGGGGUGUCUCAGCUGUAUCAGCUGAUGUUAUAUUUGCUUCUAAUCGGUUUCCAAACUACAAAAUCGGAGCGAACAAUCAGAUUGUGGAGGCUAAAGAUGAUCCCAAAGUACUAUCUAUGAAGGAGGUAGUUGCUCGUGAGACUGCCCAACUGUUGGAACAGCAGAAUCGCCUCUCGGUUCGAGACUUGGCCAGUAAGUUUGAGAAGGGUUUGGCUGCUGCUGCUAAAUUGUCAGAAGAGGCUAGACUAAGAGAGGCAGCUUCACUGGAAAAACAUGUUCUAUUGAAGAAGCUUAGGGAUGCAUUGGAAGCAUUAAGAGGGCGUGUUGCUGGAAGGAACAAGGACGAUGUAGAGGAAGCAAUUGCAAUGGUGGAGGCAUUAGCAGUUCAACUUACUCAGCGGGAAGGGGAACUAAUACAAGAAAAGGCUGAAGUGAAGAAGCUAGCUAAUUUUCUUAAGCAGGCAUCAGAAGAUGCUAAGAAACUUGUGGAUGAAGAAAGGGCUUUUGCUCGUGCAGAAAUUGAAAAUGCAAGAGAAGCUGUUCAGAGAGUGGAAGAGGCCCUACAAGAACAUGAACGAAUGUCUCGGGCGGCUGGGAAGCAGGACCUCGAAGAACUAAUGAAGGAGGUUCAAGAGGCUAGAAGGAUCAAAAUGCUCCACCAACCGAGCAAGGUUAUGGAUAUGGAACAUGAGCUUCACGCAUUGAGACUGCAACUUGCUGAAAAGUCUAAGUAUUCUAUACUACUUCAGAAAGAACUUGCAAUAAGCAAGAAGGCAAUGGGAGACAGCUCCAACAUUUAUGAGAUAGAAGGCACCGAGUGUUUGGGUUCUUGUCUCCAUAUCCAACCUUCUUGUGAUACAGCUCCCGACCUUUCAAAAUGCUUUAUUCAGUGGUACCGCAUAGGAUCUGAAGGUGGCAAGAAAGAACUUAUUUCAGGAGCUACAAAAUCAGUUUAUGCACCGGAGCCUUUUGACGUCGGGAAAAUCUUGCAAGCUGACGUUCAUUUAGAUGAUCAUAGAAUCACUUUGACAACCACUGGCCCCAUUGAUCCAGCUGCUGGUCUGGGAAGCUAUGUUGAAGCCCUCGUGCGGAAGCAUGAUGUUGAGUUUAAUGUAAUUCUUACUCAGGUGAACGGAGUAAAUCAUCCCUCAGAGUCGAUACAUGCACUCCAUGUCGGAAAGAUGCGGAUAAAGCUCUGCAAAGGGAAGAACACCAUCGCUAAAGAAUAUUAUUCUUCAUCAAUGCAGUUAUGCGGAGUUCGCGGUGGUGGCAAUGCUGCAGCUCAAGCAUUGUUUUGGCAAGUGAAGAAAGAUCUUUCUUACAUUUUAGCAUUUGAAUCAGAGAGAGACAGGAAUGCAGCCAUAAUGCUAGCCAGGAGGUUUGCUUUUGAUUGCAAUAUCAUUCUUGCUGGACCGGACGACCGUGCUUCAUCAGCAAACUGAUGAACUUCUGUAGAUCUCCCCUAAAUAGUGCUAACAAAGUAUAUGACUGAAUUUGUGGUUGUGGUUCAUUCAUUCAACCAUUACAUGUAACCUGGAUUUCUCUGAGUAUAUUGCUUUUCAUGAUUGAUAUAUGCAUGCCUCAAGGUUUUCAAAGUGGAUACAAUACUCAAGCCCACAUGGGCCCUCCCCUGAUAUCAAGUAUGUUCAUUUUUAGUUUGAUCCAAGCUGCAAAUACUGAGAAUGAUAUAUAUACUUGUUCUUGGAAGUGAAAACUCAAAUUGGUGUACAAAUUUAUGGAAGAGAUUUGCUUUUGUAGUUGUUUGGA